AUAGUCAAAGGUUUACAGUAAACAGCUCACACAGAGCCCUCAUCGUUCUAAAACAAGUAACAUGCAUCUCCUGCCCAGAGAAUGAAUGGUGAUAAGUGAGAGUGUUUCAGUGAACAGCUGGUUCAAGUGAGCGACUUCAAACAUGAGGAAACGUCUGGUACAAAUAUCUGGCUUUGUGACUUCAACGCUGGGAUGGAUUCUGGUGCUGUGCACCUUAGCCAUGGACUACUGGAGGACCAUACAACUGGGGGGACAAGGAGGCUCCAACGUUAUUAAGGUGCUGUGGUACUGGUCCAACCUGUGGAAGGACUGUGCAACGGAUUCCACGUCUGUCACCAAUUGUGUAGACUUCCCAACGCUCUGGGACGUCCCCUCUUUCAUCCAUGUUGUGAGAGGAUUGCUAAUGAGCGGGAUCAUUUUGGGAUCUGUCGGGGCGGUGCUGUGCUUUGUUGGGAUGGAGUGCACUUACAUCGGUGGAGCCGAUAAGGCCAAGGACAAGCUGCUUUUUGCCGGAGCAGUGUUUCAUUUUGCCGGUGGUGUGUCCGACAUUUCUGCGUACGGAUAUUACAUCAGCAACGUCAUCAGAACGAGCUAUGGAACCAUCGUUAGUCCAACAUUCUUACGGUAUGACGUAGGAACUCCCAUAUUUCUUGGUCUGGUGGGUAGUUGCUUUAUUCUCCUGGGAGCGGUGCUUUAUGCUGCAACAGUCUUCAGAGCGUUUUCACCUGAAAGUGAAGUUGUGUAUGCCUCACAAGGCGCUUACACGUUCCCUCGCACCAGAGGUCAAACGCUUUACAGCAGAGCCUACAGAUACUCCAGGCAGCAGGGAUCUUAUAAGGGAUCGAGACGAGUCAGCGCCUCCAAGAUAUCGAACCUCUCUCGAUCAACGCCGAAGAUCUCAGAACGGGACGCGUUCGUGUAGAUCUCCGAUCCUCGUUUUCCAAACCAACAGCCGAUGACAAUGAGACGAACAGCAGAUGUUCCACAUCUGGGUCCAGCUCUGCUCCUACUGGAUGGACACACUAAAUCUUUAUUCUUAGUGCAAUGUACUGUAUACAGAUUUUUAUAUUCAUUUCAUUGUGUUUUGUAGUGUUUUUAUUAAAGUUCAAUACAUGUAUGCAUAGUCUGUGUUCUGUUUAUUGUUUUAGUCGCUAUGUUGGAAAUAUAACUAGAAACAUUCAUAAAACAUGAAAUUUAAAAAAAACGUUUUAACUGUAAUAAUUACUGUGCUGAUUUAAUUAUUGUGCAAUGUUGUAAUUAUUGUGUAUUUCUGUAUUACGUCUAAAUCAUAUUGCUCACAUUAGUGGGCCUCUAGUAAAUAAAUCUUGAAUGUAAGCCAUUUUACACUAAAGGUGUUCUUUUGUAAUCAGUGGAAUAAAACCGU